AUGCACCACUACCACCACCUUCACCAACACCAACACGAGCAGGACACCUACAGAUCGAUUGAAGAAGUGGAGCGCGACUUUGCCUUCCUGGAGAGCUCGUCGUCGCAGGAUGCCGUCGGCUCGUCGCCCACCGUGACGCAGACCGGCACCGCCACCAACACCACCGCGACCGCCACCGACCCCUCUUCAUCGUCCCCUUCGCUGCCCCUCGUGACCAUCGUCAACCCCUCCACAACAAGGGAGAGCCACGGCGCCGGCUGGGGCAGCGACAACGCGGACUGGAACUCCGCCCACCACCACCACUCGAACAGUCGCCACCAGAGCCAGAGCACCGGUGGACAGCCGCAGCUGUUCGCCGCCGUGGGGGGAAGCGGCCCGGCCUCGUUCCCCAUCAAGCAGGAGAACGACCGCUCGAGCCCGCUUCUCCAUCACUACUACGGCGGGGCGCAGCCGCACUCCAUGCCCGGCGACGACCGAUUCAUGCAGCUCGCCGAGACGAGCAGCGCGUCGGGGAUGCACCACCUGUUGCGACACCAGCUGGGCAGGGCGGCGGCGACCCAGCACGUGCCCAUGCAAGCUUUCCCGCGGCGACACCACACCUCUGCUCCCGCGCUGCACCUGGGCCAUUCCUCCAGCCCACAGCAGUACCCAUCGACCUCCAACUCGGCAUGGGACUUGGCGACCCACGACGGCUCGGUGACGGCGGUGACCACCUACCCGGCCUACCCGCCCGCCGCCGGCGUGUCGUCUUCGUUCUCGUCGUACCCGUCCGCCUCCUCGGUCGUGGGCUCGACGCAACAGCUCCCCUCCUUCUCGUCGUCGUCGCUGCCGACCUUCUCGGCCGACCUGGCCUCGGUGUCGGAGCUCAGGCGGAGCAGCGACGCCAAGCUCGGAUCGGGGGCGUCAAGGGAGGCGGUCAAGGAGGAGCAGCGGGCCGCGAGCGAGAAGGAGGGAUCGGAGGGAGGCGAGUGGAACGACGACGAUGACGACGAUGACGACGACGACCAAGACGAGGAGGACAAGGAGGGCCGCGGCGAGAAGCGCCGCAAGAGGAGCGAAGACGAAGGCGUCGCCGGGCAGGCAGGCAUUCGAUCGCGAAAGCGAAGCAGUGCGGGCGACGUUGCGGCGGCAAAGAAGAAGAAGGUGGCGCUCGAGCGCGAGAGGCGGAAGGAGCUCACCAACUUCUUCUACCGCCUCCAGUCCUGCGUGCCCUCGCUCCGAACAGCGCCCACGCGACCGACCAAGGCCAUCCUUCUCCAGUCGGCCUGCGACUACAUCCAAACCCUUGAAUCCGAACUCACGCAACUCAGGUCUGAGAAUCAGCGACUGAGAAGCAGGGAGAGCCCUUUUGAUGAGGGCCGGGGGCCGUCGGCGACGAACAACUUGUACACGCGACGGCAGGGACCCGGCCAGGACGCGACGCGCUUGCUCUUCGUCCUAUGUUCCUUCUUCCUCCUCCUCUAUAACCCCUAUGGGUUCCCUUACCUGGACCUCUCCGCCGCAUCGACUGCCGCACCCGGACGACUACUCGGGGCUGACGGCGCCCUCGGUGCCGACCACGCUCUCCACCAGCACGCCCAGCCACAGCACCAACAGCCCGCCGGCACCGCCACCGGUGCUGCCUUCGGGCCACUCGGCGGUCUCUUCAACCACCUCAACCUCCUCUUCCUCUCCAUGUCGCUCCUCCCCUCGACGGGUGUGAUCGUGCUCGGGUGGCUCCUGUGCCUGUGCCUCCGCCUCGCCGUCGUGUGCUGCGUUCUCCUCUUCCUCUUCCUCCUGGAGCCCUUCCUGCCCGCCUGGAAUCGGAAGAUCUUCAUGGCCAUCCUCAAGGAGAUGAACGGCAUCGAGGGUAUGUACCAGAUGGGUACAGCGGAGGCCGGCAAGCAGCUGCACCAUUUUUUGAAGGCGUUCCUGGCGUGGGGCUAUGCGGUGUCGCUGGACAAGGCCAUCUGCGAUCGCGUGGUCCUCUACACGACGCUCACCACCCGCCUCAUCGGACAGAUCCUCUAUCGCCUCUGGAUAGGCCUUUGGAUCCCGGUGAGAAGGGUGGUGACGCACCACUGCAUGCCGAUCACAGCGCGCCAGGACGACGCCGAACUCCAACCACCACAACAACAGGACAGCCACACCUGCCUUCCCACAGCAUAA